AUCAUUUAGAUACGAGAUAUGGCAAUGUCAAGUGGAGGAACAUCAACUCUAUCGAGAGAACGUUAUGACAAGUCUAAAAGACGCUAUGUGGUCUUUGUUGGUUCCCUGCUCAUUCAUUUUAUCGCCCUAGCGAUACCGUCUGCUAUGUUGGGGAUAGUGUAUGUUGACGUCAUCAGAGAGUUUGAUGCAGACGCCUCCUGGGCCGCUUUAAUGCAAUCGUUGUACCGCGGGAUCAUAUGUGGAGGAGGACUGGUAGCGGAACUAGUUAUAAGGCGAGUAGGAGAAUUCCCGUGUAUAAUGGCUGGGUCGUUGUUGGGAAGCCUUAGUUUUCUAGCUGCAGCCUUCUCAGAAAGUGUGACCACAAUUGUUUUUCUUGUUGGUGUUGGUGGAGGAUGUGGAUUUGUGUUUCCAUUAUUCUUGUCAUAUGUCUAUGUGAGACGAGCAUUCCAUGGUCACGAAUCUGUUAACAAGUUCCUUUCAUCCAUGACCCUCGGAGGUGGAAUGGGGUUGUUGAUUACACCUUAUAUGACUGAGUUCUUCCUCAAAAAGUUUGGAUGGCGAGGAACAUUUAUGAUGGCUGGUGGAAUAUUUUUUCAUCUUAUCCUGAUUGGAGUAGUAGUGAAAUUGAAUUUACCGCCUCCAGAGGGGACUACUAACUCUAAGGGUUUCGACUGGAGGAAACAAACCGCCAUUUUCAAAAUCAGAGCAUUUUCAAUUCUUGUGUUUGAUAAUUUUCUCUUCGGAAUGUUUGGUUUCGCCGAGUCGUGGUUUCUUCCGGCUUUUCUCGUUUCAAACAAUUACACCAAAGAAGAUGCUGCCUUGUUGCUUACAGUGUGUGGUGUGUUUAAUCUAGGUGGACGUAUAAUCGCGGUACCUUUAUCAGGGUUCUUUAGUCGACCCAAGAUACUGUAUCAUUGGAGUUACAUUUGUCUAGCCUUGGCUGUUAGUCAUGCUCUAUACCCAUUGUUCCUUCAGUCCUACUCAGUUCUGAUGAUCGCUUCUGGAAUUUACGGCAUUUGCUUUGGAUUGCUCAUUUCUCAUAUCGCACCUGUUGUUCUACAAACACUUCCUCAUGAUCUCUAUCCGAUAGGAAUAGCAACAGAAAUGACCUUUUAUGGAAUUUCCUCUGCGAUUGGUGGAUAUAUUGGUGGAUUUAUUCGUGACGUCACAGGUGGAUAUGAGGGCGUCUUCUAUGCUGCAUCGAUGUCGUCCAUUAUUUGUUCUUUCGCAUGCUUUCUUCUAAUACUGAUGGACAAUAUUUAUAAGAGGAAGAAGAAAACAAAAUUCCAUAGUAAAUCUAUUUCGAUAAUUUCUCACCUCUAAAUUUAUGAUUUUAACGAUAACUGCAUUGAUAUUUUGAAUGCGGUGUGAAAUAAAUCUGAUAUUAACCAACGGCAUUAGCCACCUACAGCUGAAUAAACAAAGGUUAAGUGUUUUGUGGUGCAAUAUUUCAAAAAUAUUGUUUCGAAUGAUACUUUUUGUGACUCGUAUAUUCAGAAAGCUAAAUCUAUGAUAUAUGAAUGUGAAAAGUAAUAACACGAUGUAUUUUCUGACAGAAAAAAAAACCACUUUUGGUGUAUGUUGUAGUAUCGAUUUGCCUUCUAUAUCUUUACGCAUAAGUUGUGUGGACAAGAUGUAUGUUGUUAUAAUUGAAUUUUCAACAUUAAAAAUUCUAUAAAAUUCCACAUGAAAAAUGUUUAUGUAUGUAUGUGAAAUAAUGAUAAUAGAAAUGGUACACGUUAGGUGCAUUCACUGUGCAACUGAAAACAAAUACAUGAUUAUCCAUUUA